CUGUCCCUUAUGGGUACCCGUAGAUAGCUGUCUUCCUGUUUCCCUGUUCUGUGGUGGUUGUGCUAUCCAGGCAGAAAUACCGGGUGGGCACCAAUCUUUGGCAUCCAUGGAGCAGAUUAAUAACAUCCAGGUCGUUCCGUGCACCAGCUCCAAUUACCUGAAACCGUUCAGGGUGAAUUAUAGCCAGAAUGGAACAAAGAAGUCCUGGGACUUUAUGAGGACUCAUGACAGCGUUUCGGUCCUGAUCUUCAAUACAUCUUCACAUUGCUUUAUCCUGGUCAAGCAGUUUCGCCCAGCGGUGUACAUGUGCGAGUGGGAGAAGAGCAAGCCCCAGCCCCCCGAGGACGCGGACCCCGACUCGGAGGAGAACCCGGAGAGCCACCCCGACCCCCCCCCGGCCUCCUCGGGGGUCACCUACGAGCUGUGCGCGGGGCUGGUGGACAAGCCCGAGCUGUCGCUGGAGGAAAUAGCCCGGCAGGAGAUCCUGGAGGAGUGUGGCUACGACGUGCCCGUCACCAAGCUGAGGAAAAUCGCCUCCUACAGGUCAGGAGUGGGCGUCACGGGUUCCAAGCAGACCAUGUUCUACGCAGAGGUGUCGGACGAGAACUGCGUGGGAGAGGGCGGGGGGCGACCCCAGGAGGGCGAGCUGAUCGAGGUGGUGAAGGUGCCGCUCCAGGAGUCCAUGAACUUUGCCUACGACGAGGGCAUCCCAAAGACCAUGGGCGUCAUCUUCAGCUUCAUCUGGUUCCACAGCAACAUGUCCCCCAAGUACAAAAUAUCCACCAACGUGUAAUCAGCCCCUUGUGCCCCUCAUCGAUGUGAAUAACACCUUGGCACUUAUGUCGUCUAGUUCUUAAUAGUGUUUUUGUUCCUUUGUUUGUGAUCUUCAAUACUGCCCUUUUUUACGCAUUUUUCCAAAAUGAAUUUCAGGAUAGACAUCUGUUUCAACACUGCUAAGUGUAUUUGUAGGAGAAGUCCUGAACUUGUGAGACUUUGCUGCUGUGUGUGUUUAGUGGAAGGUGCGAGGAAGGCUGUGUUGAUACAAAUAUGCCAUCAAAGGCACCAGGAAGGUGAACUGAUGUUCAAGAUCGUUAACACCUGCACUGCAACUGAAGAAGGAUUGUAACCACAAUGGAUUUUGAUUUGUAAGAAAAGAAAAGUUGCCCUUUGUUUCCAUUGUGCAAACGCAGUAUAAACUUCAAAUCUGCAGCAAACAGGCAGCUAGACAAUCAGGGUCCAGAUCCAUGCAAGGCCUUGCUGCCAACUCAGGUCUUAACCAGUUAGACAAAACUACCAGACAUUCAGGGAUCCAGUGUAUAAGUGCAUGCCACUUACGAGCUACGUUUAUGUUAUCGCUUUCAGAAAUUAAAGUAUACUUUUGAGUUCUUUUUAAACAGCUGUGUAGAAGUGUUAUAACGAUUAAGUAUCAAAAUAGCUGGGAUUAAAAUAGAUAGCUUUCUUCCCAGUACGUUUGCACAGAAAUAGCUGAAAAUCAGGGUAACAAUAUCAUACUGACAAGACUGUUGUUAACAAUAGGAGGCUGACGAGACUAUUGUUAACAAACCACUAUAACUGUGCUACAGAGCCUGGUUAUUAUAUUAAAAGUGCUCUGAUUGGCCAGACUAAGUAGCUCGUAAACUCACUUCAGGCUUUUUUUCCAAUGAUUGUGUUUUGUUUUUGUUCUGUUAUUGCAGUAUAAAUUGUAUUUCUUGAGGUAGUUACUUUAUGCUCAGCUGAGUCAGGAUCACCAUUAACACUACAGUACCGCAUAGACAGUAUAUUUAUGUUAUCGUGUGUGUGCUUGUGUGAAUGCUGUUGCUGGAAAA